UUUGGGUAGGUCACCAGAACAAUGUCACGGUCCCGUAUCUCGAAGUUCUGAAGGCAGUCGAUGUUCUCUUCCUGCAGCAUGCUAGCUAUGAGUGGAUCAAUGAAAAGCUAGUGGAGAAAAUACUGAAGACCAUGGAAGAAGCAAGAGGAACAGACCGGGGUCGGGGCCAUUCACAGUCUCUCUCGCCCAGCCCAAGCCUAAAUUUGGUUCUAAUUGGUGAGAGAGAGGCGGGUAAGAGCGCAGUUGGAAACGCCAUCCUGGGCACCAAGGCAUUUGAUGAGGUGGGAGUGAAGACCAGAGUCAGUGUCCGCUGUGAAGGGGUGGUCAGGGGACAGCGGGUGUUGGUAGUGGACACUCCAGGAUGGGAGUGGUUCAACCUGGGCGGCAGCCGGGCAUCACCUGAACACGUGAGAAAGGAGAUGGUGGCUAGUAUGAAGCUGUGCCAUCCAGGUGCUCAUGCGCUGCUCCUGGUGGUCCCUCUAUCCUUCUCCUUUUCAGGCCGCGAGCGCCACGUCGCGGAGGAACAUGUGGGUCUGUUUGGUCCACAAGCUUGGAGCCACACACUGGUGCUUUUCACUGUGAAGGACACCAAGCAGCUGCAUCCAACCACCAUCCAGGAGGAAGUGGAGGACAACGCAGAGCUGGAGAAGCUGGUGGAGAAAUGCGGCAGGCGCUACCACGCCCUCUACAGUCAAACCGGCGGUGGGGAAGACCUAGUGGCUAGACUUCUGGCUAAAAUCCAAGCGUUGGUUUCUGCUAACGGAGAAUCGGUGAUCCUCAGUGAGGAGGUGAUGAAACUGGCCAGGGAGAGAGAAGAGGAGGAGGAGAGGCAAGAGGAGGUAGAGAGGAAGGUGAAGGAAGAGAGAGUGCGAAGAUGGAGGGAGGCACUCAGGAAAAAGGAGAUGGAGGAGAGGGAGGAUGAAGAAGAGGAGGAGAGAGAGGGACGGAGGAGAAGAGCUGAGACAACAAAGAGCUUCGAAGCUCAGGGCUCCUCAGAGAUCUUGAGCACCAGAUCAGACUCUUAUGUUUGUUGUAAGACACAGUAAUGCAGAAGAGAAAAAUGAAGGGAGGAGGAGACGACGGAGGAGUCCUGGAGAAUUUUCUUCUAUAGGAAACACGAGUCUUAACAAAACCUCUCUCUUUCUUUCUUUCUUUCUUUCUUUCUUUCUUUCUUUCUUUCUUU